CAUGUCCUAGAACUCAGACACCUCUCACCUGCAGAACACUACUACCCCCUUUUUUUGCUCUCCUGCUUCCUCUGGGGAUCCCACACGUCUUCUUUUACCAAUCCAUAGUGCACAGAUCAACCAGCAGAUGAGAAGACAAAAAGACCACAGAUUUCCAGAUUGUCGCAGGAAUCGCCGGCGGUCUCCUCACGACAGGAUCCAUGGCCGUCUGGGGCUACCCAGCAGCGGCGCUUCCUCAGUUAGAGAGAGAAGACUCCAAGGUUCACCUGACUACUGAGCAGGCGAGCUGGUUUGCAUCCUUGACACUGAUGAUGAGCAUCCCCGGGCCAGUCAUAGCGGCUUCUAUUUACGAAAAGUUUGGCCCAAGAAAGAUGAUGCUUGUUUUAACACCGAUUCUCUGUCUGUCUUUCAUGGCCACUUCCUUGGCUUCGUUGGAGGUUAUGUCGACGAUGGGUCUGGCGCAAAUUAUCCUUCUGUCUAGUCGCGUCGCACAAGGUUCUGCCGUCGCUCUGCUUAUCUCUAUCCUUAACGUAUAUGUUUAUGAGAUCUGUGGACUCGGUCUCAGAGGCAUUAUGGUUGGCCUCAGUGAAUUUUGGGCAUCCUUAGGCUAUUUGAUUUGCUAUUUCUUAGCCUGUUUUUAUUCGUGGGACAAAGUCGCUCUGAUUAUACCAGUUGCCGUAAUCAUCCCAAGCUUUAUUGGCGUAGUCAUAUCGCCAGAAUCUCCUCUUUGGUUAGCAAGGGCUGGUAAAGCGGAAGAAGCUCUGGAAGUCUUCAAGAAAGUUCGCUGCAAUGAGACAGAAAUCCUAUUAGAUCAGAAAGUUGCUUCUGAAACGAAGAAGCCUCAGACGUGCUGUAAAUCUCUCCAGAUAUUGACGAAGAGGUGUCAUUUGAAAGCAGUGGUUGCCUCGUGCUUAAUCUUCAUCCUUAACCAGUUCACUGGUUUCUCCAUCAUAGCUAUAUACGUCGUCCAUAUCUUCGAUGCAGCAGGUGUCGGACUUUCCCCGCAGUGGAGCUCUGUUAUCGUAGGGUUAUUCCGCUCUGUCUUCGCCGCCGUUUCCGGUUUGAUCUUGCACAGAGCUCCACGAAGAUUAUUCCUCAUUGUUGGUUGUAUUUUCACCGGUGUCGCCAAUGGGAUCAUUGGAAUCUUCUUCUAUCUGCAGUAUAAUGGACAUGAUGUGUCUUCCCUGGGGUGGUUACCGCUGUUUGGUCUCGCCUUGUACAUGACUGGAUAUUCUGGGUCUGUUGGAGCUACGACGUGGACAAGUGCAGUCGAAGUAUUGCCCGAGUCUGUUCGGUCCAUAGGUUUUGGAUUAGGUAUCACAAGUUAUUCCAUAACUGCCUUUCUUCUGUCAAAAUUUUUCGUAGAUCUGAAGAUUAUUAUGGGGCUGUACGGAAUAUUUUGGCUAUUCUCUUGUGGAUCAUUUGUUUUUGCUUUAGUUACUCUCUUCUAUAUUCCCGAGACACUAAAUAAGUCUUUACAGGAUAUAAGAGAUUACUGGGAGAAACACUGACAAAUUGUUGCCACGCUUAAUAAGUAGAAAAGUGAACUGAUAAUUUCCACGUAACAUAUUCAGAGUAUGUAUACAGAUAUCUCCCUUUUUGUAAAUAUCUUGUUAACUAAUUAUUAUUUUAUAUUUUCAUAUUAAUCUAGCUUUUUGGUCGACUCUUUCCGAGAAAUUAGGUUCUUUGACGAGGACCAGAAAAAAUUAUUACUGUGGUGAAAUUAUAUCCUACGAUUGCUCAAAAUGGUCCACAGCACAUAAUUUUCUUUAAGUAGGCAACAACGGUAGGAAUUUUAGGCACUGGAAUUAUAUUACAAACCAGAAAUCAACUUGUGUUUACCUUAAAUCUCGCAGGUAGUCGCCAAACGCAGAAACAAGAACUAACCUAGCAUUCUUAUAUAACCCCAUUACACAUUUGGCCAAACAUGCAAAUUAACUUAUAUAAGAUACUUAGCUAGUUCGACGUCUUCAGGAAGAUAAGUACACUUAAUUACAUAAUAUAAUUAAUACAGAAUGACAGUGCUCGCCACUAUUGGGAUCCACGGACGUCCCAUAAAUUGUCACGUGUGCACAGUAACCCGGACAGCAGCACAUUACCCCAACAUUAAGGCGGGAAAAAAAAGUGGAGGGAAACUCUUGUCGCAUUUGCGAAAUACGGGCGAAAAAUAUCACUUAUAAUGAAAAAUAAUUAAUAAUCAUUUAUUAGUAAAUCACAAAAUCUAAAGUAAAGUUAAUGAUAAAGAAAUUAACACAUUUACUUUUAAUGGAAAUGAAAAUUAAAUGUGUCAUUUUAUGACAUAUCCUACAAAGGGGACUUAAUGGCAUCAGCUGUUAGUCUGAGAGGCAUUUAAGGCGCUCAAUUGUACAGUGGAAUUUGGUAACAUGGCUGCCGAAUUCGUCUUAGUUGUCGCUAUAUUUAAAAAAAAGUAAUUUUUAUUUUAAAGGAAAGGUGUUGUAGAUAUGAUUUAAAAGAAAAAAAAAAGAAUAAACCUGUGAUAUUCACUGUGAUGUUUAUGGAUUAUCCAUUGAUGAAAAUUGAUGGCACGCAUUCCCUUGUAUCUAUUUAUCCUAACAAUAAAAGAGCUUUUGAAGUC